GAUGACAGAGUUUACUUCUUCGAGGCGGUGGCCCUUCCGUUUGGAGGGGUCAGCGCAGUGACCGGGUUUAAUCGUGCUGCCAGAUCGCUAAAGCUUGCUAUGUCGAGACUGCUGUGGAUAAUCAAUACUUCCUACUACGACGAUUUCUGCCAGAUUGAGGUUUCAGGCUUGGAGAAGUCGGCGGCCCAAGCUGCCGAACGAUUCAUGGCUCUCCUUGGAUGGGAGAUCGCGCGGGGGGAUAAGCUCAAGCCCUUCAGCUCGUCGUUCAACAUCCUUGGGGUGACGGUGUCGUUCGAUCGCUCCGCGGAAGGUGCGAUUCACGUGUCCAACAAGCAGGAACGGCUGCCUGACCUUUGGAAGCUUCUUCUUCAGAUGGAGUCGGACCCAGGGCUCAGGCUAGCUCUGGAAGUCCUUAGCGAGGCCGGUCCUCGCGAGGUUCUUAGGUGGGGCGAGGCUCCUCCUGUCUUGGUUUUCACCGACGGCGCUUGUGAGAAGGACGGUGCUCUCACUACCCACGGAGCAGUCCUUUUGGAUCCCGCUACGGGUGUCCAAGAGUUCUUUGGGGAGCGCAUGCCGGAUUAUCUUGUGCAACGUUGGCGAGGUCAAGGCCUUAAGCAGCUUGUCUUCUUUGCAGAGUUGUUGCCAGUGGCCGUUGCCAAGGCUACGUGGCAGCAUGUCCUUAGGAACCGCUUGUGCAUUUUCUUCCUGGAUAAUGAAGCGGCUCGGGCCUGCCUCAUCCGAUCAUUCACGCCUGUUGCCAACGCUACCAGCAUCCUUAUGGAUGUCGCAAAGCAGGAUGUGGCAUCACAUUCCUUGAACUGGUACUCGCGAGAAUUUGUUUCUUCUGGCCUCGCCUUUACCCCUGCCACAGGGUCGGUAGAUGUUGGUGCAGCUGUUGCCUUUGCUCAUCAGAGUUUGCCUGCAUCUAGCAUCAAGCAUUGUUGGGAGCAGGGCUUCUGGUCACAGAUUUUCGGGCCGCCUCGAGAUCCCUUCGAAGACAUGGAUGGCACGAGCUACAAGCGUCCUGAUGCACCUCUUGUUGAAUCUCCUGAGGAGCCCAAGACAAAGCUUGCUAGGUCAGAGGUUUUGUGCUUGUGGGGAGCCAUGCUGGAGACCUGGCCUAGAAGCUUGGAGAUCAUCGAUCAGUUGAUGCAGCUGGCUCCCGAGUCCCGUGGCUCGAUGGUUGAAGACCUUCUGGGACACAAGGCCCCUGCUACUUUGAGGAAGCGUUACAGAUCCAUUGUUGGAUAUGAUGGCUUCUUGAAGUCCAAGGGAAUGGAAUUUCCGGGUACCGAAGAGUCUUUCUAUGUGUACUUGUGCCAGAUGAGGGAUGAGGGAAAGCCGGCUUCCUCCAGAAAGUCUCUGCUUGAAGCUAUCACUUUUGUGAGGUUUGUUUUGGGCAUGCAGGACCUCAAGAGUUUGGGGGAGAGCCGGCGUUGCCACGGGAGUGCGAGACAGAAGGAUUUUCGUCCUCGCAAGCAGGCGUCGCCUUUUUCAGUGGAUGAGCUGUCACGUUUGCAUCUGGUUCUCGAGAGGGACCCAGAGCCCUGGAAUCGUGUCAUGGCUGGCACGGUUCUGUUGGCGGUCUAUGGGCGAACCAGGUGGGAGGACCUUGAGCACGCAGAGACGCUCAUCGUGGAUCGUGACUCUGCAGGCACAGCAGCCUUUAUCGAGGCUGGUGUGGGAGUCCACAAGACAAUGGGCGCCAAGCUCAUGAGAGGGCAGCUGUUGCCGAUCGUUGCACCUGCUGUGGGAGUUGUGGAGAGCAACUGGGUUGAGCAAUACGUGCAAGCGAGGAGCUUGGAAUCGGAUGAGGCUGGCGCGUGGAUCAGGCGAUUUCAAGAUGCCGUUGACAUACGGUAG